AUGGCUCGGUAUUUUCUGAUUCUCGUGUUUACUCUGCUCUUCCUCGUUGUCUCGGCCUCCGCACACGGCGGAGAUUCCGACUCCGAUUCCGAUUCUCCAUCGGAUAAGCCCAACUUGAGAUCUCGGUCUCUGAUUCUGGUGAAAAUAUGGUGCCUGAUACUGGUGUUUCUUGGGACUUUUGUAGGGGGGAUUUCGCCCUACUUCAUGAAGUGGAACGAGGGUUUUUUGGUAAUUGGGACGCAAUUCGCUGGUGGGGUUUUUCUGGGGACUGCUUUGAUACAUUUCUUGAGUGAUUCUAAUGAGACAUUUGAGGACUUGACUGAAAAAGAAUACCCAUUUGCAUUUAUGUUGGCAAGUGCUGGAUAUUUGCUAACUAUGUUGGCUGAUUCUGUUAUUUCUUAUGUUUAUGGGAAAAAGAAGAACAAUUCGGAUCCUCAAAUCCAAGGUUAUCCCAACGAAAAAGGUUCCAUUACCGGAAUACCUUCACACUCGCAUAUGCAGGUCGAGACCGGUACUGAAGAAAAUCUAGCUAAACAUUCCCCCACGAGUGCUACUUCACUAGGAGAUAGCAUCUUGUUAAUUGUCGCACUGUGUUUUCACUCCUUGUUUGAGGGUAUUGCGAUUGGAGUAGCCGAGACAAAGGCAGAUGCUUGGCGAGCCCUUUGGACCGUCUGUCUACACAAGAUAUUCGCUGCAAUUGCAAUGGGGAUAGCUCUUCUUAGGAUGAUUCCAGAUCGUCCCCUAUUAUCUUGUGUAGCUUAUGCUUUUGCAUUCGCCAUAUCAAGUCCAAUCGGUGUUGCCAUUGGAAUUGUAAUAGAUGCAACGACGCAGGGUUCUGUAGCAGACUGGAUUUUCGCCAUAUCUAUGGGUCUGGCUUGUGGGAUUUUCAUCUAUGUGUCCAUUAACCAUUUACUGUCAAAGGGUUAUAAGCCUCAAACAUCGGUUUCAGUCGACACGCCACACCAUAAGUUUCUGGCCGUGUUGUUCGGUGUUGGGGUUAUUGCGGUCGUAAUGAUUUGGGAUACUUAA